AUGGCCCAGAUCCAGCCCCACUACGGCGCCGCCCACCGCCAGAAGGAGCCGCCACAGCUGUCCCGCCAGGUGGCGAAGACGGCCACCGCCGUCACCCUCGGCGGUUCACUCAUGGUCCUCUCCGGCCUGACCAUGGCUGCCACCGUCGUCGGGCUAGCGCUGGCCACGCCGCUGCUGGUCAUAUUCAGCCCCAUCCUCGUCCCCGCCGCCGUGACCCUGUUCCUGAUUCUCGCCGGGUUGGCGGCCUCAGGAGGGUUUGGGGCCGCGGCCAGCUUUGUGCUGUACUGGAUGUACCGGUACGCCACCGGGAAGCACCCGAUCGGGGCGGAGCAGGUGGACCGGGCGCGGGAGAAGCUGACCCACGCUGCGCACCAAGUCAAGGAGAAGGCCGAGCAGCAGAUUGGCAGCGGCGCCAGGGGAACUUGA